GCUGCCAUGGCCAUGGGAGAAGCACUAAAGAAGAUGUUUUUCUUUGUUGUUCUGUCUUGUGUUUUCCUAGACACCUAUGCACAGAGAGAAGCCCAAGCUUUACUGAAGUGGAAAAACAGCUUAGUCUCUCAUUCUCUCACUUCAUGGUCUCUCACCAAUGGAAGCAGUAGUCCUUGCAACUGGACUGGAAUUCAGUGCAAUGAAGAUGGAAGCAUCGUCGAGAUAAACUUGGCCAAUUCAGGCCUUGAUGGCACUCUUGACCAGUUAGACUUCACUGCCUUUCCCAAUCUCACCUCUCUGGAUCUCAACCUCAAUAGUCUUGUUGGGGUAAUCCCAACUGAAAUUGGGGCUCUGAGUAAACUCACUUUUCUCAAUCUUGGUACCAACAAUUUCACCGAUGCAAUACCCGGGGAGAUCGGUAACCUAGUGGAACUCAGUGUGCUUUGGCUUGGCGACAACUCACUCAUUGACCAAAUUCCAUAUCAGAUCAGCAAUCUUCAGAAGGUAUGGCUUCUCAAUUUGCAUGGAAACUAUCUACAGAAUCCAGACCCAGAUCGUUUUGAAGGCAUGGCAUCUUUAACAAACCUUGACCUCGGUCUCAACUCUCUUGAAUCAGAGAUCCCAACAUUCAUCUUUCAAUGUCCGAAUCUCAUUUAUCUGGACUUGUCAGAUAAUUAUUUCAUAGGUGUGAUACCACUUCAAAUUGUGGCCAGUUUCAAGAAACUCCAAUACCUUAUCCUGACCAAUAACCAGUUUGAAGGACCAAUUCCAGCAGAACUGAAGAACUUAACUGAACUUCAAGGCCUGCAGCUGGGAAUGAACAUGCUGAAUGGGACAAUACCCGAUGAAAUUAGUCUCCUGCAUAACCUCACAAUCCUAGAAUUGCAUGAUAAUCCUCUUCAUGGGUCAAUACCAUCUUCAAUAGGAAACCUCAGGAUGCUUCAAACACUUAAUCUAGGGAAUGCAAGCCUCAGUUCAAGCAUCCCAGAUGAGCUUGGCUUUUGCACCAACCUUACUUAUCUUGAAUUGUCGAAUAACAAUCUUUCAGGUCCCUUGCCUCGUUCCAUGGCCUCACUAACCCAGAUUUCUCAGCUUGGAAUGUCUAGCAACUACCUAUCUGGAGAACUCCACCCAUAUUUCCUCUCCAAUUGGACUGAACUCAUCUCUUUGCAACUCCAAAUCAAUAGUUUCACAGGAUCGAUCCCUCCCGAAAUUGGAGCCCUUCUUAAGGUCGGAAUUUUGUUCCUAUUUCAGAAUCAAUUAUCUGGUCAAAUACCAUUUGAGAUCGGAAACUUGUUAAAUUUAACAGAGUUUCACCUAGCUGACAACCUUUUCAGUGGUCCCAUCCCACCCAGCAUAGGAAAUUUAUCUAUGCUACAAAGUCUAAAUUUUGCCAAUAACCUGCUCAGUGGGAUUCUACCAGAUGAAAUUGGUAACAUGGAAAGCAUACAAACUCUUGAUAUAAGUGGAAACAUGCUGCAGGGAAACUUGCCUUUAUCGAUCACCCAUUUGCAGAAAUUGGGUCUCUUCUUUGUAGCUAAUAACAAUUUCUCUGGUAGUAUACCAGAAGAUUUUGGCCCCAGUUCUCUCACAAAUGUGACUUUCUCCUAUAACAACUUCUCUGGCAAGCUCCCACCCCAAAUCUGCGGAGGAAGACAGCUGAUUUAUUUAGGAGCAAAUGCAAAUAGUUUUGUUGGGCCAAUCCCAGAAAGCCUGCAAAACUGUACAGGUUUGAUCAGAGUUCGCCUUGACCAGAACCUUCUUGAUGGAGAUAUCACAAAUGCAUUUGGGGUAUACCCAGAUCUUGAGUACAUUGACUUGGGCAAUAACCAAUUAUUUGGUGAACUAUCUUUGAAUUGGGGAAAGUGUGCAAAUCUCUCUUACUUCGGAGUAUCUUCUAAUAUGAUAUCAGGCAAUAUCCCAUCAAACAUUGGAAAGUUGGAGUUUCUGCAAUAUCUCAGCCUUUCUUCAAAUCAACUAACAGGGAAGAUUCCAUCGGAGCUCUUCAACUCAACUUCGCCUCUAUACAGGCUUAAUUUGAGUGACAAUAGGCUCUCAGGGGAGAUAUCAACAGAGUUUGGAAGGUUAUCAAAUCUGCAAAGUUUAGACCUAUCUGCAAACAAUCUCACUGGGUCAAUUCCACAGGAACUUGGGAACUGUCAAGAACUUAUAUCCUUGAAUCUCAGAGAUAAUGAAUUAAAUGGGACAAUCCCUUACCAGAUCGGAAACUUGGUGGCCUUGCAGUCUCUUCUAGACCUCAGUCAAAAUUUGCUCAGUGGAGAUAUACCAUCACAGCUUGGAAACUUAAAAUCACUAGAAAAUCUGAAUCUUUCUCACAACAGACUCUCUGGUUCGAUACCCUCGUCCCUGCAAGGUUUGAUAAGUCUUCAAUCUGUCGAUAUAUCAUAUAACAAUCUUGAGGGUUCUCUUCCAGAAAUUCAGGCUUUUCAGAAUGCUUCGGCCAAUGCAUUAGCAGGUAACCCAGGUCUUUGUGGUGAAAGUGCACAAGGUUUGAAAUCCUGCAACGGCAACUCUUCAUCUAUAAAUCGCAGCAAACAGAAUAAACAGAAGCUGAUCAUUGCUAUUGUCGUUCCUGUCGCUUCUAUUUUGCUUGUAUCGAUUGUGUUGGGAGUCUUCAUCUAUCGUCAUGGUCACAGAGAAGAUCUAAACAAAGAAAACCAUGAUUCAGCAAUUGAGGAAUCAUUCUCAAUAUGGAAUUGCAAAGUGAAGUUAGAGUUCAAGGAUAUUGUAGCUGCUACAGAUAACUUCGAUGAGACAUAUUUCAUAGGGGAAGGUGGACAAGGGAGUGUAUAUAAAGCAAUUCUUCCAACCGGUGAAAUCUUUGCUGUCAAACGUCUUCAUGAAUGUUCAUCAGAUGAAGAUGGGUUUCUUCAGGAUGAAUGGCAGAAGAAUUUUGAGUCAGAAAUUCAUUCACUGACAGGAAUCCGGCACCGGAAUAUUGUAAAGAUGAUUGGGUUCUGUUCGAUGAAGGGUUUCAUGUAUUUUGUUUGCGAGUAUGUGGAAAGAGGUAAUUUGAGAAAAUUCCUCCAUGAGGAGAAAGAAGCCAUGGCCUUGGACUGGUUGAUACGAUUGAAGAUUAUCAGAGGUGUAGCACAUGCCUUGUCCUACUUGCACCAUGACUGUAGGCCGGCUAUUGCGCACAGAGACAUAUCGCCGAGUAACAUUUUGUUGGAUUUAGACUUUGAGCCUAAAGUAUCUGAUUUUGGGACUGCAAGGUCCCUGAGAGCUGGAGAGUCUAACUGGACAGCACCAGUUGGUUCCUAUGGCUACAUUGCUCCAGAAUUUGCGACCACAAUGAAGGUAACAGAGAAAUGUGAUGUGUACAGUUUUGGAGUGGUAGCAUUAGAAGUAAUAAUGGGAAAACACCCUGGUGAACUCCUUACAUCCCUACAGUCUGAAGUCAAUCAGCAGCAGCUUGUAAGUACAAUAUUAGAUCAGCGGCUACCACCACCUCCUGCUGGUAUAAUAUCACAAGAACUAGUUUUGGCAGUGACUCUUGCAUUGGCAUGCACACGCAUAGAUCCCAAUUCUCGACCUACCAUGCAUCAGGUCUCUCAGAAGUUGUCAUCAAGCUCAUGUCUUACUAUCUCUGAGCCUUACCACACAUGCUUCCAAUACAACACUUGAUGGGAUUUUCUUAACAUCUCUCGAGGU